AUGGCCUUAACCGAUCAACUGUGCCUUGGAUUAACUAUUUUAACAUUUCUAUCCUACAUAGCCAUUGAUGUGGUUCUUCAAAUGUAAAUCCCCUAUACGAAAAUUGGACUACCACAAAAAGGUUAGAUAUGUCCCAAUCAAUAUAUCAAAUAUACUGAUUCCUUCGAUAUGCAAUGUGUAUCUGAUUGCAAUCAAAAAGAAAUUGCCAAAAAAUAAAGCAUUCAUAAACACUUGAGCAGAAGCAAUCAACCAAAUUUCAUAGCAUAUGAAAAUUAAAUCUGUUUGCCUACUCUAGACAAGAAUUUCUAUUAAUUAGAACCAUAUGUUGAAAAACCUAUUUAAAUGUACAUUAGUUAAUCCUUAAAGGAUGAUUCCCUAGUGAUAAUCUGCAUAAUUUUCAUUACAUUAGCCAUCAUUUGCGGGACUUUGGCAUUUUACAGAGAUUAUGCAGAAUUCAUAGUCAAGAUUUCAUAAAUAGUUUCCAUGAUUCUCAGCUUUGCUAUUCUUUUAAUUCUGCUGAGGAAAUAUAGAUCAGUCCAGGAGGCCAAUGAAAUCUUGAUUUCAAAUGAUUCAUAAUACGAUUUAUCACAAAUGGCUGCUAUUAUGAUGCUUAAUAAAAUGGACUUGGUUUAUUUAGGGUUGAUGGCUUUUAUGGGUCUUUUAUUGUGCUUGUUAAUCUUUAAAUAUUCGAUGGAUAGACUUAAAUUUUCAGUGUUUCCACUUACUCAUUGGUUCACUAUCUCCUAUUAUAAGGAUUAUUUGAAUAAUGACUAAAUGGAUCAAAAUGAAAAACCAAAAAAAUCAUCUUGGCCAUUGAUCCUAUUUUAAAUUAUCAACUUUAUCCUAUUUUAUACUAUUAACAUGUCUUCUUUGUCCAUAAGUUAAGAGUCCUCUUAAUACGCAUUUGGAGAAACCUCUAUUGUCUUUAACAUUGUUGUGCCGACCUUAUCAUUCAUACUUUAUCUGUACUUUGCUAUUUUGAUUUCCCUACUUUCAGAAUACAACCUUUAUUAAAGAUAAAAUACAGUGCUCCCUUAAAUUGGGAAGGCAGGAAUUCAAGCCGUAUAUUUAAUUAUCUUGUUCCCAUUGAACUUUUUAAGGAGCUUUCUGUAAUUCUUUGGAAAGGAUAAAUUUUCAUACCUAACAUUUACAACCCUCAAAUAGGGCUAUGAAUUAAUCAGAGAGUAAAACCAUAAUAUGAAUCAAUAAGAAUUGAGCGAAGUUGACUUAAGGUCUAAAAUUAAUUUAUACGAUUAAUUGAAUAAGGUUACUCAUAUCAUCUCAGUUUGCUUAGCUUUGGCCUGCAAUUUCAUUAUGCUCAUUUUAUAAUAAAAUAUUCCAGCUCCAUUUUUAAUUUCUUUGUUGGCUUAUGCUAUCAGUUACACUUAUUAUAUUCCAAUCGUUGCCAGUCCCCUUAGGUAUAGUUUCUUUGAAGGCCAAAAUGAAAUGGACGAACACAAACAGUAGAAUAUGAAAUGUCUUUUAAGACUUUUAGAAUAAAAUUAAUAAUGA